GUGUGUGAGUGUGCGCGCAUGCUCGGUCGCUUGCUGUAAUCUACAUCCGCGCCCUUUCCUCUCCGGCACUCGGAGUUCAGCUCUAUCCACAUCUAAUCAUACACGCGGAGGAAAAGAUCAAUUAAUUCGCAAGUGGGGAGGAGAGGAGCAGAGUUAGAGGAUGAAAUGCACUCAAUAUGAAGCGAGGGGACAGCAUCAGUGCGGAAGCGGACGGGUGAAUUUGUGAAUCGAGACGCUGGUUACAAAUUGGAUACUUUGUAUCAAAGGGCCUGAAUCGGAUCACAACGUUCCAUUGAAACUGAGCGCUCCAUUCAUCGGCCCAGCCGCUGCUCUCGGCUCUCUCUCUCUCGCUUCGUUUCACCUCGGAAAUUUGUGUGCUACCUCAGCGCGCGCACAAACACACACCCUUUCCCCCCCCCCCCCCCCCGUCCCCUUCCCCCUUUUCUUUCCUCCUUUCUUUUCCUCCCUGCCCUCAUCCCUUCCCUUCCCCACCCCACCGCACCGAAGAUGGGCGGCGCGUUCGCCAAGAUAUUCGGCAGCAAGGAGAUGAGGAUACUGAUGCUGGGCUUGGACGCCGCCGGCAAGACCACCAUCCUGUACAAGCUGAAGCUGGGCCAAUCGGUCACCACCAUCCCGACGGUGGGCUUCAACGUGGAGACGGUCACCUACAAGAACGUGAAGUUCAACGUGUGGGACGUGGGCGGCCAGGAUAAGAUCAGGCCGCUGUGGCGGCACUACUACACGGGCACGCAGGGGUUAAUCUUCGUGGUAGAUUGCGCCGACCGAGACCGCAUCGACGAGGCUAAGCAGGAGCUGCACCGGAUCAUCAACGACCGCGAGAUGCGGGAUGCCAUCAUCCUGAUCUUCGCCAACAAGCAGGACCUGCCCGAUGCCAUGAAGCCACACGAAAUUCAGGAGAAGCUAGGGUUGACCAGGAUCAGAGACAGAAACUGGUAUGUGCAGCCGUCCUGCGCCACCUCAGGAGAUGGACUCCAUGAGGGACUCACCUGGCUAAAUUCAAAUUACAAAUCCUAAUUUACAAGGAAGACGGCGACGCCCUGGGUUUUGUUCCGAACUGAUUCGGUUGGAUUAAACCCUAUAGAGAAAUGCUAACUUGUACAAGACCAAAAGUUUAAUGAAAAUGAUUUUUUCUUUUUUUGAUGCUUUGGGAAGGGAGGGGGAAAUAGAAAUUUCACAGCCGGCUAAUUCUGACGUUUUCAGUGCCGGGCACAAUCCAGCGAGGGCCUAUACUAUAACGGAAAGCAUAAAGAGAUUUUUAAAAGGGGGAGAAUGUCACGUCUAUUUACAGGCUAUGCAAUGGUGGGAAAGAUUCUGCCCACUCGGUUCCUUUGGAACGCUGCUGUUCGGUGACAGAUCCCUCGUAAAAGAAUUACAAUCGGCUGUUUCUUUUCGUUUAGGGAGAGGGAUGUUAGUGGUGGUCUCAAGAGUCCUUAUGCGACACAUUGUGCUAUGCAAGACAGAUGUUUAAACGGUUUCAAUUGAAGGAGCUUCCUGAUCCCUAAAGCUCCCCCCUCCAAACUCCCUUUGAUUAGCCAUAAUGUCCAUAAGGAAAGCCAAUCACUUCUGGUCUAGGUCAUUGUUGCCUCUUCAAAUUAAGAUUCUUGACUGGGUAUUGACAGCAGUGUGGCUUGGGGUAUCUGGGUGGUGGUUUGAACUUAUUUUUGUAUCAGAUUUAUAUAAAAGGAGUAUGUCAUGUGAAAGGAGCCCGUCAAGGUUUUCCUGUUUCCCAUGAGCACACCCCCUUCUCCAAACUAAAUUGGGAUCUCUUUGGGAUUUUCCCCUCCCCCUUUGGCCUCCAGUGUAGCAAAACUGGCUGACAUCCAGCAAGCCCGUUUAACUGUAAAAUGCACUGGAACAUGUUCUUUUUCUUUCCUUGUCUGCCAAAUAUUUAUUAUGUUGGACAAAUGUCCUUUCUGAUGAGGUACAACAUGAGUGGGAGUCUUUGGGAGGGCACUGGAGUGACAGCUAAAAUAAGACUGCUUCUUGCUUACGCUGAUGAAUCAUAGGCAUUACAACAUAGCAAACCAUUGAGUCCAUGCCCAUUCACAUUCUGGAAAUUUAAUAACCUCGUGCUCCUCUUCCCAAAGAACAGUGUUGUGACUUCUCACCCCCACCCAACCCCAAAAUAAUUGCAAAACAAACUUUUUUUUUCCAUGUGGUUAAUUUUGGGAGUGAGGCAUAGGACACACUCAACCUUGUGCUUUUCAGUAUUCUGUUUGAGCUCAACCAGUUGGUAGCUCUAAUCCUUUUACACAGGCUUCAUAUCCCUAGGUAGCCUUGCCUCAAAAAUCUAUUGUCUUUUUUUUCCACUUUGAAAUUGUCAGUUGUCCCUGUAUGAUCAGCUGUUGGGGAGAGUUCCAGAUUUUCAUCCUCUGUAAGAAAUACUUCCUGGUUUUUUUUCCCCUUCUUCUCUCCUGCAUCGCCUAUUUCUAAUUUUAAGGUCCUAUUCUCUUCUGGAAGUACCCGCUUAUCUACUCCAGUGAAUUUCUUUUAACAUCUUAAAGACCUCGGUUUUAUUGCCCCAUAACCAUUGAAUGCAAGCCAAGGUUAUGCAAAACAUUCUGAAUUGAGCCCUUUUAAGACCUGGACUCUGAUUCUGUUGACUGGUACAGCCCAAGCAUAUUGCUCCAUAUGACUUUAUCCUGCCUGCUCAGAUGGAAUGAGUGCCCGUCUAUGCAUUUUGAGAGAGAAUAGAAUUGGGCUCAGCUAUAAUGCACCCCCUUAAUAAAUGCUGAUGAUAAUUGUCUAGGCAUUUUGAAGGGAAGCCGUUUAGCUCAACGUGCACCCUUUGGUACAGGAGGGGGUAAACCUGCUUACAAGGUGGGAUUCUCUAAUGGUGGUUGGGUGCAAAUAAUGGAGAUUGGGUUUUGGGAUGUGGUUGCAGGCAGCUUUCAGAAUGAUUUGAGUUUUACUUGCAUUUCUAAGAGGAAGUUUUUUACAUUAGUUCUGCAUUCGAGGGGAUGGUUUCAGGUAACUUCUUGUCAUAUUACAGUAGAAUUUUAAGGUAGGGUCAAACCGACCAAUGCUUAAGCAAAGCAAAAUCGACAUAAAGGUACUCGCUCGGGGCUGCCCAUACACACGUUGGUCUGGGUGUCCCUUUUUUCUCUGAACCUUGUUUCACACAUACCCGGGGCCUGGACCAGAAGCUCCCAGCAUCAGUUGCAAGCAUCUGCUAUAGAACUUGGUUCCAGCUCAGGGUUUUGGAACUGCUGCCAUUGAUCCCUUUGGGGUGAUGGGCUGAAUGAUUGGAGCUGGAACUGAGCUCAUAAAUGUGAGGGCUGUUGAGUGAAAAAUAGCAAGAACUUUCUCCAGAAGAGACACCAGCCUGUGGCUCCCAGCAGUUUUCAGUACUACUGUUGGAGGUGGCGGGGUGCGAAUAAUGGGAAAGUGAAGAAAAUGAUGCUUACAGGCUUUUUGUCCCAGGGUUUCUGUAGACACUUUGCAUAUGAUUUUAUUUGAUACCCUCUGCUUGAGUGUCUUAGAACAUAUGGUGGUGCAGAGCUGACACCAUCUCCCUCUCUUCUGGUUUUGUUUUAAAUUAUUACUGAAAUGCUGCACUUACAGUCCCUCGUGGCCUGCUCUUGAACGGUCCUCUCUUUCCUUCACCAGAGCGCUUCAAUUUAGCCUACUUGGAAGGGGAAGAAUGGUAUUCGUGCAGUACCAGCAGAUACCAGUAGUUGUCACUAGUGAGCACUUUCAAUCCAUUGCUUCCGGCAUCUAGUGGAAGAUACAUGGUGAUGCUAUCAACAUUUCUGUAGGUGCAUAGGAAAGAGACUUUUGCAUUGAAAUAAUUGACUUUUUUUAAAAAUCCUGUAUUCUGAAGCCACCUCAUGUCGUACAAUGCUUUACUGGUGACGGGUGGGUGGUAAUGGUUUGGUAGCAUAGAACUACGUUUCAUGGGUUUCCUGUGGACCUCAACUCCCAGGAUGAUGGGACAGUCAUUAGAGAAGAUUAAUUCGGCCUACACCAUCCCUGAAUCAGAGACACAUCCUCGGUCCAUUACCUGACCUUGUGAUUUUUUUGAAAAUGGAGGUGGAAGGUGAGAGUGGGCAAGGCCAGGGAGUUCAUAGCUUUUGUUUUAAUUUAAGAGUGUCUAUAUCUGCUUUCAAUGUCGCAAAAUGGACCCUCAUCAGUAUAGUUUCAAGUGCAAGUUGUGUGCCAAAAUAGAAGACUUGAUGUGUUGAGGUACCCAGCUUCAAUUUGCAAUUUAUUGAAGGUUACGGAUUGAUGCUGUCCACAGGCAACAAAGUAUAAUGUAUGUCCCCCUCCUAGCUCUGUCUGUCUGCUUCAUAAAGCACUGAAUGACCUGUUACCUUUUAAAGGAUGCUGGGUGUGACCCUGCUAGGCACUUUGCACAGCAGCCUUGCAGAGUUGGCGCUCAGUUCCACAAUCUGCACUGAACUGUCACAAAUGGCAAGUUUUGUUUUUUUUUCCUCAAAAGCCCAGUCCCACGUGGCUACGUGCUUAACUACAUCAAAAUCUGAAAUCGGGGACUGGGUCAAACAUCAGGGACCUGGCUUCAAAACCAGUGAAAUAAAGCUGGGGAGGUUCACCUCAACUUAUUGGUGAGCACAGGCCUAUAACACGAGGCUGUUCAAUCGAGCACAGAAUUGUCAGUCUUGCUGCAUAGUGUUUGUGUGUGAGGUGACCCUAUCAAUGGUGCAGUAAUGCCUACUUUUUGGAGACUGGGGUACAGCAUUAGGGAAGAUGGAACAUAACCUUAACCUAAGUCAUUGCUGACCUGGGCGAUUCAUCUGACCUGAGCUGCUCCUGUCCCAGGAAUGUUUGGGACAAUGUGAAAAACAGCUAUGCUCGAUUUGUACGUAUCCUGGGAGUGUAGAGGGAACUUUACUUUGCACAUAACUUUUACUGUACCUGCCUCAGAAGUUAUGGAUGCUGAUACUGGUAUAUAAUUCUGCAGCACCGUGAUGGAACAUUAAACGCUAAAGAAAAUUGGAGGUUUUGGGACAAAAUGCUGUAAAUUUAGCCUCAAUAAAGACUUGCACCAGUUAUUUCUGCAGGAGUCCUCUCGAUCACUUGGUGCAGCUGGGUUUUUUUUUGUUAUGGGGAGGUGAGAACUCUGGAGUCUAGUGGGGUGGGAGGGUGUGGAGGAACCCACCUGAAUUGUUUUUGUUGUGUUCCUGCCAAACCUAUGACAAUUUGGGUGGUACCGUGGAGUUGUCCCCCUCUAGUGUUCAGUCACCCAGCCCGGUGACAUGAUAUUUAAUUGCUCUCCAAAUGACCCUAAAAGUAAAUGUGCUGAAGGGUCGGAUGGCCAACUCCAGCUACAUUACUCUGUGAUUUUAUCUGGAAUGAGCUGAGCGGGCAUCAUGGUCAGUGUGGGCCAGUUUGGCCUGAACAGCCUGUUUAGAUGCUGUUUUACUCUGUGCUCCUGGGAGUGUUAUCCAUACUCCCUUAUCUGUUCUGCCGUUGCCUGCUUUCCCGUUAUGCCCAUGUCCUUUUUUUUUUGCUGUAUGAUGCCAUCUGAGGCCAACGGGAAAGCCAACAUCUGAAUAGGUAACUCUUGAUCAUUGGUCAGUGGCUUUUUCUCUUUUGCAUCUCAGCACUGUUUAUAACGUAAUAUGCAAAAGAGAUGAAAUAAUGUUUGUUUAAUAUUUCAACAAUCUUUCCCUGAGUUGCUCACAGAGGUGUCCUGGAGAUUGCAAAUUCAGGAGACUGAAGGACAUUCCUGGAGGAUUGGCACCCCCAAAUAUGUGCCCCUUCCUUUGGGGAAGGUGACUGAAGCUUAUGGCUCCGAGUGCAAGCUGCUCCACUAUACCUCGAGAGCUGAAAGAGUCUGGUACAGUGCAGGUACUGGGAAUCCCCCUCCCUUGGUGCUGCUAUCAUUUUUGGUCUACUGAUGGAAAAAAAUAUGUAUUCUAAAUGUUCAUGGUGAAUCUUCAAUUUGGGGAUGUGAUUUUUACGAAAAGGGUACAAUGUAAAGAUGGAUGCAUGAUAAUGGUUGUUUCCAAAGGGGAAAACUGGUGUCAGUGUUGUUGCUUCCCUCCAGACACUGGGGGAGAGCUGGCCAGGCGUUAUCUUAAAAAAUAGCACAAAUAGAGCUGCUGAUACCUGCUACAAGAAGUCCAUAGCAAGAGAGUUGAUCGGAGUUGUUAGAGCAGAAGGAAGCAAAGGGAAAAAGAAAUUGAAUGCUUUGGAGAAACUAUCAUUGCGGACUCUUAUCAAAAUUUUGACUUUUCCUGAAGGAUAAUGUUGUCUGAAUAAACUAAAAUCCUGAAGCUUG